GAAUGAUGUCUAAGUACUCGACUUGAAGAUGUUGACUGCGCAACUCCAACUGCGUCACCGAGAAUGCGGGGGAACAGCUGUCACGUGGUAGGCCUAUCAUUCUGACUAAGUCAUUUACCAGCUGGCCUGUAUCACUGCUUUGCCAGUUGCGCCGACACACCCGCCAGGGCUGAAGCAAAAUGAUAUGGUAUCUCACUCUGUGAUCAUGCUCAAGCAAUCUCCCCUUGCUGCGUCCCUAAUCGCUCCAGGCGCGAACACACGACACGAUGGCUCUGACUAUCCGCCCUGCGACUGAAGCUGACCUACCUCAGGUUCGCCAAAUCUUUGCUCAUUACGUUCUAAACACUGUCGUGACUCUACUCAUCAAUAAACCUCCGUUGUCCUACAUUGUAGGUCGCUUCAGAGACUCGAUCUGUUGCGGCCUCCCGCAUCUGGUUGCUGUUGAUGACCACGAUGUUGUCCUUGGUUACACAUAUGCCUCAUUAUUCACAGGCUCCAAGCUAGGCUAUGCUAAAACAGUAGAGAUUAGCCUCUUCUGCCAUCCAGACUACACCAGCAAAGGCAUCGGCAGUUGUCCCAUCAAUCAGCUCAUCGACACACUGCGAACCGCCAAACAUGUCUGCCAAGAAGUUGGCCACGAACAGAACCCUACCGAGUUCGAUGUCCGGAAAGUGAUCGCUGUUAUGUCUGUGGAUGAAGGCGCUCAAGGGCAGGCAUUGGCCUUACGAGACUGGUACAAGCGCUGGGGAUUCGAGGAGGUUGCCAGGCUGAAGGGGGUCGGAUUCAAGCAAGGACGAACGUAUAUCUGACAAUCUGACUCUCAGCAUGGAAUAUCUCAGUGCUGACGAACAAGCAGGAUUGACGUACUAUACCUUGAGUUGCACCUACAGUGACACCCAGCAGCGCCACCCUUCUAGCU